UGGAGGCGUGGGCGUGGCCAUGCGUAGCACAUUAGAAAACCAGGAAGCGGCACAAGAAGUAGUUGAUAAUAGAGUGAACUAAAGCGGAAUGUUGCUCUAAAGUGUGUUCUUGCCAGUUUGAUUUUUAUGAUCCCCACCAACCAUUCUUUCAUAAUGAAGAGGCAAAUGAAGCUAACAGAACUCUUUAAAGCUGCAGUUCCAGAUAAAGAAAAAAGGGUUUCUCUGCUACAAACUAAUGCCAAUGAACCAUCAGAUCAACGCAUGGACAAAGGUGACAGUUGCAAAGCAACCCCAAAAAGGAGGAAAAAGAGGUUCUCAGACAGGGAAGACCAUGCUCUUGUAGAUGAAAUCAUGGCUCAUCAUGGGGAGCUAUUUGGAAAAACUACAAGCAAUGUGUUGGGAAAAGCUUUAAUCUGGGAUGGGGUGGCCAACAAGGUCAAUGACGCUGGUGAGACAAAGCGUUCAGUGAUGGAAUGCAAAAAGAGAUGGAGUGACUACAAAAGGAAAGUUAAACGCACCAUUACUCGUUGCAAGACGAAUGCUUCUUUGACUGGUAUUUUGGAACCUCUAGAAAGCUUUUUAUCAGGGAGACAGAUGCUCAUUGCCCAUGUCUUCCAUUUGGAUUCAGAUGAUGAAAACGAGAGCCAGAACUUUUCUGACCCGUCAUCUUUAGAUGAAGCACCAGCAUAUGGUCACGGGUGUCAAUAUUCUUCUAAAGGUUCCAGUAUUGAUUUCAAUGAAAAUCCUACAAAGGAAGUGGAUCUACUCUCAGUCUCAAGUCUGAACAGUGAUACCCAAGAUAAUCUUCUUUCAUCACAGGUCUGUGACGUAGGUCAUUCCUCUAAAACAUGGCAGCAGCAUAUUGAUGUUGCCCUCAGAGAGUCUCCUGCAUUUACAUAUGAAACAUCUUCACUGGAGCUUGCAAAUGUAGGACUGAAGUUGGAGAGCAUAAUUACACAACAAAUAAAAACAAAUUACCUUUUACAGUGUAUACAAAAUGAUGUGUGUAUAUUACUUAGCCUGCAAAGGAAAAUGCAUCAGCUUUUGAAAAACAACUUCAUAGAGCUGCAAAAGUCUAUCAUGUCCACCGGGAAAUUGUCAAAAGACCGGGAAAAUUAUAUGGAACUAUCACUACGAAGAAUACAUAGAAAACUGGAGGAGAUGAGCAGCAUUCUCCAUGAAAGCAAAUUGCAAGGUAUGAUGACCGGUGAGGAGACUUGUUAAGAAUGUCACACUGUUCAAGAAAUAACAUGAUUUUUUCCUUAACAGAGCAUUAAGUUACUGGUCCUCUAUUGAUACAAUUUAAAGUAUUUACUCAUAUACAUGUUCUAGGCUAGUACUGACUCAAUCGACAUUACAUGUUUAUCCUGGUUCAAUGGCACACAGGACAAUGUGUGGCACUUUGUUAACACAGUAUUUUCUAGCUCUAUGGGAAGUAGACAAAAUACUAGAAAUUGGCAACAUUAAAAGUAAAAAAGAAUUGCCACUAUGUGCCAAGUUCUGGCUAGUGACAGGCACAUAUUAACAUGAAAACAGUCACUGUCGCAGGACCCAGCAAACAGCAGUCAUUCCUAUUCACUUUGAAUGACAGGGAGCUUUCUAACAUUUUGUUCCACUUCCAGAAGGUGAGAAAAUGGUAGGGUGACAAAGACAUGGUUGCUUACCUGUCCAGUUGAAAUGUAUUCUCUGCAAACAAUCAUAUACAUUAUAUAAUAUAAUAAUAAAGGAAAACUAAAGCCCAA